GCUGGUCGUGUGUAUGAAACAACUGGAGUGCAGUGUUGAGGAGUUGGCAGGAAGCUGCGGCUGGUGCUGAUUGCGUAUCGUAGCGCGCCACUAGCGGGAUCUGCGAUAUGACUGAAUGGUGUUGCUUUUUAAUGUGCAGCGGACUGUCUGGAGAUAUACCCUCGGAUUUUUACAAACUAUAAUCUCGACUCGGAGUCUAGGCAGGGUCUGAAUGUCUGAAACCAAGUUGACGAAUGGAGCUGUUGUAUGUUGAAUCUGGGGAGAACGGACAUUCAAAGCUAAGCUAGCCUUAAACCGGCUCGGUGCCUGAGCUGUGCCUGGCUGGAUUUUCUGCAUGCAUGCCACAAUUCGGAAGACUCACAUGGACAGAAACUUUUGAAAAGAUCGGGGGCGAUUUCGGAAUGCAUUCAGCACAGCUCCGUCCCGCCAGGGCGGCCAUCCAACUCAUCUCCAGAUCUUCAAAACGAACAUAUGCAAGCUCGAGUCCUUCUACACCCGCCACCUCUCCGUUCGCACCUCGACAUCUCCUCUCAAUUGCAGACCUCACACCCUCGGAAUUGACCACCCUCGUCCGAAAUGCCUCCUCCCACAAAAUCGCUAUUAAGUCUGGCUCUGUACCAAAGAACUUAUUGAACUCUCUCGCAGGAAAAUCGGUUGCAAUGAUGUUCAACAAGCGCAGUACCCGUACUCGAGUCUCCACCGAAGCAGCAGUAGCAACACUGGGCGGCCACCCAAUGUUCCUCGGAAAAGACGACAUUCAACUUGGAGUCAACGAGUCCCUCUACGAUACCUCACUCAUCAUCUCAAGCAUGACUUCUUGUAUGGUCGCCCGGGUUGGCCCACACUCAGAUGUUGCAGAUUUGGCAAAAUAUUCGUCGGUCCCAGUCAUCAAUGCUUUGUCAAACGAUUUCCAUCCACUGCAAACCAUUGCCGAUUUCCUGACAAUACAUGAAGCUUUCCCUUCAUCGGGUUCUCGAAGUUCGAGCUCUGUCCCAUCAUUGGGUGUAGAUGGAUUGAAGAUUGCUUGGAUUGGCGACUCGAACAAUGUCCUAUUUGAUCUGGCCAUCGCUGCUGUGAAGCUUGGGGUCAACAUCUCUGUCGCAUCACCUAAAGGUUACGGGAUUCCUGCCUCAAUGCGAGACAUUAUCAAUGGCGCUGCCAACGGAGUAAGCUCUCCAGGCAAGCUUAUGGAGACCAAUGUCCCCGAAGAAGCGAUCAAGGAUGCAGACAUCGUGGUGACAGAUACAUGGAUUUCGAUGGGCCAAGAAGAAGAGUCUGCCAAGAGAUUGAAGGCUUUUGCUGGGUACCAAAUUACAAGUGAUCUUGCGAAGAGGGGUGGUGCAAAGGAGGGCUGGAAGUUUAUGCAUUGUCUGCCGAGACAUCCUGAGGAAGUGGCUGAUGAGGUGUUCUAUGGCCCUAGAAGCUUGGUGUUCCAAGAGGGCGAGAAUAGGCUAUGGGCUGCUAUUGGUAAGAUGAAUCCGUGAGAGUUUUCAAGCAUUUGCUAACUGAAUUUUAGCGGCACUCGAAAGCUUCGUUGUGAAUGAGGGGAAGAUCGUCUAAAUCAGACUUAAAGAAUGGAAAUCAG